CAGACCACAGACUUCUGUCUUUUUGAAGCUGAUCUGUUUUAUUGCUGUCUACUGCAUAAUAUCUUUAAAUUAUAAAAUUAAAUAAAUGGAACCUUCUAUAACACAGUACUUCUUCACAUUAACGGAAAGACUACUUUUAAAAGUAUAUUCGAGACUAAUGUAGCGAGACAAAUACGGAUCAUUUGUCUUGUUGGUGUGUUUGUGUGCUCGUACGCGUAUACGUUGUGAGUGCUCUCCCUUAGUCUCAACGUGCGAAGACGUCUGCAGUGUGUUCUUCUGAAAACUUUUCGUAAAAUUUUACAAUUUUGAAUUAGCUAUUAGUCUGUUUUACAAUAAUUAAUAACAUAUUGUUCGGCCUCUACAUCGGUUGUCGUGCUGCACUGACACCGAGCGCCGUUCGAACAUUCGAUCCAUACUCGAGUCUUGUCAUCACACAGCAGCAGCCUGAGCUCAGUGCUUCACCAGUGACUAGUCACAGUCCUGUGAACUUAAAGUAAAAUUCUUUGGUUUUCGAGCUUGGUAUGGAUCCAAAUUAUCCGAAGGAGCACCCAAGAAACCUUAUUCCAGAGUUAUGUCGUCUGUUUUAUAAACUGGAAUGGGUGACAGGCACCGGCGGUGGCAUAACUGUAAAGUACAACAACGAAAUCUACAUUGCCCCCUCUGGGGUACAGAAAGAGAGGAUCGAACCAGCUGACCUGUUUGUACAGACAAUUGAUGAAAGAGAUAUUGACGGGCCUCCACCCAAGAAAAAACUGAAAAAGAGCCAGUGCACGCCACUGUUUAUGAAUGCCUAUACUAUGAGAAAUGCUGGAGCAGUCAUCCACACACAUUCCAAGAAUGCUGUUAUGGCAACACUAUUAUACCCUGAAACAGAAUUUCGAAUUACUCACCAGGAGAUGAUCAAGGGCAUAAAAAAAUGUAGUCAAGGGUCUUAUUAUCGUUACGAUGAGGAAUUGGUUGUACCAAUUAUUGAAAACACUCCAGAAGAAAAAGACUUACAGGCAGAAAUGGCUAGAGCAAUGGAAGACUAUCCAGAUACUUGUGCAGUUCUGGUGCGGCGGCAUGGUGUCUAUGUAUGGGGAGACACCUGGGAGAAAGCUAAAAGCAUGUGUGAAUGUUAUGACUACCUCUUUGAUAUUGCUGUUCGAAUGAAGCAAAUGGGACUGGAUCCUACUCAAGUGCCAAAGGCACCAAAAGGAGCCUAUACAUCUAACUGUGUAUAAUUGAUGGGUGACCUCUGAGCCAACACUCUUGGAAAGACAGUGUCCUAAUUGGUUAGCCAUUUCAGAAACUCUGUGCUGACAUGGUUAGGUUUACAGCUCCUGCUGCGUGGUGCAUUGUGUAGGCAUGGUUGAAACUGGUGCUAAUGGCAUAUAUGAAUAAUUUUUUUUUAAUCACACGUUGUAUGUUGUUAUAUCCAGGCAAACAUAUGAGUGAGCACUUCCCAUAGUGCAGUAUUUUAAGUCUUAUCAGUAUUUUAACAGCCAGAUUGUUUAUAAUGUUGUGUUUUUUCCUCCAGCUGCGUUGUACAAUACUGUUUCUUAUACAAAAUACAAAUUAGGGUUCAAGAGCGAGACAGAAAAAACUUUUUUUUUUUUUUGUAGGUUGUACUUGUCACAUUGUAAUCUAUUGAGAAAUUUUGCGUGGUAAACUUUGUUGAGCAGUUUUGCAUUAAAUUUGUAUGGCAGCCGUGGUGUUGUUUUUCUUUAUUUCGAAAUUUAUGUUGAAAACAUUGAAUUAGGGACUGCAUGAUUACAAAAGCUUAAAGUAGAUAACUUCAUAAUAGAAGAUGCGGUCGCAUGAUUGCGAAUGAUGUGAAAACUGCAGCUAACGUCAGCAUGUCUAGUCAGGAGAGAGAUGAUUUUUAAUUCAAUUCUCAGGCAGAAUAUUUAUGCAGUGGACUACUAUGGUGAUGCUUGGGAAUUGAAAAUUUAUUAUAAAUAAAAUGUCAAAUCUUAUUUGAUAAUUUUAUGAAUGGUAGUGUAUUGUGGUUAAAUAUUUAUCAUGUGCAUGGGAAAAACUGGGUUUGUGAACAAGUGAAUUGUGGUUAUGGAUUUUUCAAUAAACAGCUUUUCUGGAUUCAGAUGUGUAGAUAUG